AUGCUUCUUCUAAUUUACAUAUUUUCGCUUUCCAAUAGAUCGUUUUUCCUUCAGAGAGGAAGAAGAAAGAGAGAGAAAGAGAUGUCGUCGUCGUCGUCGCAGUGCUCGCCGUGCGCGGCGUGCAAGUUCCUGCGGCGGAAGUGCACGGCGGAGUGCGUGUUCGCCCCCUACUUCCCGCCGGACCAGCCGGCCAAGUUCGCGAGCGUCCACCGCGUCUUCGGCGCCAGCAACGUCGCCAAGCUGCUCAACGAGAUCCCCGCCGCCCAGCGCGACGACACCGUCAAUUCCCUCGCCUACGAGGCAGAGGCCCGCCUCAACGACCCGGUCUACGGCUGCGUCGGCUUCAUCUCCCAGCUCCAGCACCGCCUCAAGCAGCUCCACGUGGAUCUCCACCUCGCCAGGCUGGAGCUCGCCAAGUACAUCGGCCCUCAAUCCUUGCUCGUCCCCUCCCCCAAUUUCGGCGUCCCCGGAAACCCCUCUUCUUCGACCCUCAUGAUUCCGCCGCAACAGCAGAUAAACAGUUACCCGAUGAUGGGUAUUCCGACCGGGUCGGGUCUACCCGUUAUGAUCCGAGAAAAUAAUACCCAACACCAGCAGCAAUUUCAUCACCGGCUUCAACUGCAGGAGGCGGCACAGCAGCAGGAAAUGCUGAGGGCUUAUAAUGAUCAACAGCAGCAGCAGAGGCAGUUUCAGCAGCAGGAGGCGAUCAGGUUGAUGGAUGGUGGUGUUACAGCGACUGGGUUCAAUGAGAUUUUUAGCAGCCCAUCAAUGGGAGUCUCGACGCCAUCAUCGUCGUCCCUAGCUCUAGGGGAGAUGGAUCAUGAUAGAGCGUACCAAGGGCCGCAGGUUCAAAGGCCGGCGGUGGAGCUUAAGCCACAGCUGUUUCUUCAACAGCAGCAUCAUCUGCAGAAAGAGCAACAGCAGGAGGGGAGCACAGGGCCGUCAGUGGAAAAGCAUGCAGUAAGAGACAGUUGACCUAGAGCUUAGCUACAGUUAGAGAGAGAUGAGAACUUGUGCAGACUUUCCCAUCGAACAACCUUUCCAGAAAUUUCUUGUAUGAUAAUUGAUAGGAUUAAGUAUACUGCAUUCGAUGAUCAAGUAUACAGCUUUUUGUUACUAUUCCUGUGUUGUGAAGAGAAGAAAUAGUCCCUUUUCAGCUUUUUCCAUAUUACAAAAUACAAAGCGUG